UCUCCGCUGCAGAUGCUCCCCAAGGUCGAUCCUUUCUGGGGACGGUCGAUGCCACGCUCAUUGGGUGCGAUGCAUGCGUGGAAACAAGAGUCAUGAGGCUAAUGAGGAUGAUGAUGAUGAUGAUGAUGAUGAUGAUGAUGAUGAUGAUGAUGACAAUAAGCUGCUUCUGUUGCUCCUUUCCCAACCCUUCCGAGGCUUGAAGCCGCGCGCUCUGCCCUGCUCAGCGCUUUCUGCAGCCCGGUAUCAGGGGCGUCUUUGAAAGCGAGGGGGGCGCGUAGCCGGCUGGGCGUGCCGACCCUGCCUUUCCGCUUCUCAGCCCGUUUCUGCGGUUCUUCCGCGCCACGCGGGACAGAAGGAGAAAAGUUGGCCGUGGGAGUGGGCCAGAGCCCAUUGCCUCGUUCUUCUCAGAUAUGAGGAAGCAGCUGAUGUAGUCCCUUCAGAUCAACAAACACUGACUGAACGCAUAACGAGAGCGACUUGCAGCUCAUCAUGGAUUAUGACAACAAUACAGAGACUGAAGCUUCCUACCUGUUCCCUGCACCUCUCCUCACAGGUGUCACUGUCACUUGUUUGCUCUUCUUCACGAUUGGGAUUAGUGGAAACAUGAUGACAAUGCUGGUGGUCUUUAAGUUCCGAGAUAUGAGGACAACUACCAACUUGUACCUCUCCAGUAUGGCUUUCUCAGAUCUCUUGAUCUUCCUUUGCAUGCCCCUAGACCUCUUCCGCCUCUGGCAGUAUCGGCCCUGGAAUUUUGGGGAUCUUCUCUGCAAGCUCUUCCAAUUUGUCAGUGAGUGUUGCACAUACUCAACCAUACUCAACAUCACAGCCUUGAGCGCCGAGAGAUAUUUUGCGGUCUGCUUUCCACUCAGGGCCAAGGCGAUGAUCACCAAGACCAAAGUCAAACUCCUUAUCCUCGUGCUCUGGGUGAUCUCUUUUGUCAGUGCUGGGCCCAUCUUUGUUCUGGUUGGAGUUGAGCAUGAGAAUGGGACAAAUCCUUUGGAUACCAACGAAUGUCGCAUCACAGAGUAUGCCAUUCAUUCAGGGCUGCUGACCAUUAUGGUGUGGACCUCCAGCGUCUUCUUUUUCCUGCCCGUUUUUUGCUUGACCGUUCUCUACAGCCUCAUUGUGCGGAAGCUUUGGAAGCGAAAGAAGAAAAACAUUGGGCCAAAGACCUCCAUCAGGGACAAGUACAACAGACAAACAAUAAAAAUGCUAGCGGUGGUGGUUUUGGCUUUUGUCCUCUGCUGGCUGCCCUUCUACUUAGGACGUUAUCUCUUUUCCAAAUCCUUCGAGGUCGAAUCCUUGGAUAUCGCCGUUAUCAGCCAGUACUGCAACGUGGUCUCCUUCGUUCUCUUCUACUUAAGCGCUGCCAUCAACCCAAUCCUGUACAACAUCAUGUCAAAGAAAUACCGAGAAGCAGCUUACAGGCUCUUCAGAAUGAAGCCGCCGAGGAAGAAAAAGCUUUUGGCGAUGACGGAGAGAAGAUGCCACACUUGGACAGAGUCCAGGAUCAGAGGGACGUGACGGCAGAGGAUGGACCGAGGUGUCACUUAAAAGCCACUAGAGAAGGGGGGGAAAAAUAUUCAGGCUGGCUAAAAGAUGGAGUGUUUGUUUCUUUUCAUGAUUGGGAGGGCUUGCAAUGUGAAAACUCAGGUAUGGAAACGAAAAAGGGGUUAAAAAAAAAAAAGCACAGCUGCGAGGAAUAUUAUGACAGAUGUUCUGUGUAAAUAUAUUCAUCAGCAGUGGGUGAAACAGCUAUCCUUUUGAAUCAUUUCCAGUGCCUAUGAUUCUAUGCAUAAAGAUGGGAAUUGAGGUGGCUUAUGUUUAUAAAGCACAAAUGUGAACUAAAUGGGACCUGUCUUUGUGCUGGGCAGCCUGGCAUGGGGAGAACUAGCUGUGAUGCAGAAGCUCAUUGAAAACGUUUCCCCACCAGAUGGGAUCUGUAUGCAUUUCGUACUGCAUAAUAAAGAAAGGAAUGUCAUCAAAAGCAAGGAAACUUCCCUCUCCUAUGUAGGCAGGAAGACCUUGAUAGAGGCCAGAAAAGAUGGUUUCCUUCAUCCCUGUGGAACAGUGUGUACCAGCCUGCUAUGUGUUGCUUGCCACCUCAUCAGGGUGACAGUCAAGUCGCAGUGAAUCAAGACCCUUUCUACAAAAGGGAGCCGGAGAGAGGAUUGCGGUGGUCCUGGGGAUAGAGACCCAGUAGAACAGGGGUGUCAAACUCAAUUUCAUUGAGGGCCACAUCAGCGUUGUGUUUGACUUUGGGGGGCUGGGGUGGGCGUGGCCAGGGUCGGCAUGGCCAGCUCGACGUCACUCAUGUCGGGGGCGCCUGUGGUGGCCCAAGCAUUCUGCCAGCAAAAUUGGGCUCCUGUUUUUGGCUGGAAUGGCUUCCUACAACCAUCUGCUAGCGAAAAUGGAGCUUGGGGGAGGUCCGCGUACGGCCCUCACGGGCUUUGUUUACGACUGAAACGGCCUCCUGCAACCCUCUGCCAGUGAAAAUGGAGCUCAGAGGGGGCCACAUGCAGCACUCCUGAGCUACGUUUUCGUUGGCAAAAGCACCGCGGGCCGGUCCUUCACUGUUUCCAGUGUGGCUCUGAGGGCCAGAUCUGACCAUCCCGUGGGCCGGAUCCAUCCCCCGGGCCUUGAGUUUGACACCCCUGCAGUAGAAGGUAUCCAUUUCUGGCCCAUGGCAAUGAGAAGAUGUGUAUCAUGGCAUACAGAGAAGGUAGUGCUCUAGGGAGCAGCUGUGCCAAUCGAUAGUAGGUAAAUGAGGUCUGGCCAAAUCUGGAAAACUGUAACGAAACCCUAAGUUGGAAGGAGACUUGAGAAACACAAAAAAACCCUUCCUGCCUUGUUUUGAAAAUGCCAAAACCCAGCUUUGCACAUAUCAAUUAUCGGAGGGACAUUGAGAACCAUCAAAUGAUGGUUGACAUUAAAUUUUCAUUUCGAAGCAAGCCUACACACCUCUUUUGGAUACAACAGCACGGAUGCUCUUCUUUAGAGAGCUUCUGCCUUCAAGUCUAGCACAGGGAGAGAAUGCUAAUUUUUUUUUUUUUAAGUAGUGCCAGGGAGAAUGCUAGCUCAUUUGCAUUCUUUCAAAAAAAAAAAAAAGUGAAUGGUAGAUGGUACAUUUAAUUAUGAAUGAAGGCGAAUAUAUGUGUCCUAGGAUAACGUUGCAGGAUCCAACGUUGGGAUUCACUUACCUUCCCUACAGGUUCACUCGCACGCGCCAUCUCUGUGCAUGUGCACGGACUUCUGUGCAUGCGUAGUAGUUGCGCUUUUCAUCCAGGCAGAUGGGCGGAGCCUCCCGCAGUUGCCACUACCGGUUCACGCGAUCCAGACAGAACCGGCUGAAUCCCAUCACUGGCAAGAUCCAAUCUGGGUUGGUCACUGAGACCAGAGGUUUACUCUUCCAAGCUUUCAAUCUCAUGCUGGGAGCCCAUCCUCAGAGAACUUCUUGUUAGCAGAGGGUGUGAGUGUGUCUAGCAGUGUUUGGGAGUGCGUCUAGCUGUGUGUGUGUGUGUGUGUGUGUCUGCUAGAGAGAAGUUCCCUGAGAAUGGGCUCCAGCACGAGUCUGAAAACUGAGAAGCCUAAACCUCUGGUCCUGGUGACUGACCCAGGUUGGAUCCUGUGACAUUUAAUUAUAUUUAUAGUCACAUCCACUUGCUCAAUUAAAACAAUAACUAUGUAAAUGGGUAUUCCUGAUUAAUAAACAAAAGUAUAUGGACUUAUAGCUCAUCGUGGAAUAGCUUUCAGUAAACACUGGACAUUUACUGUAAUUUCAUUGACCCAAUAAGACAUCUACUUGGUUUUUUAAAAAAAUGGAUGUAAAAAAAAUCCAUAUUUUCUUAACAAACAAACAAACAAGUAGAUGUUUCAUGCAAUGGGUUACUCUGAUGAAUUUGCCUAUGGGAAUGGCUUCUUAUAUAUUAAUGUGGUGGGUGGAAUUUAUUAUUAGACAUAUUAUACUUGUGCGGCAGGGGUGGGUUCUACUUACCUUUACUACCGGUUCGCAACAGGGCCGUGCGCGCAUGAGAUGUGUAGAAGCGUUCUGAUGACAUCGGGGUCGGUGGGCGGAGCCUCCCGCCAGUUUUACUACCGGUUCUAUAGAACCGGUGCAAACUGGGGGCAACCCACCACCGUUGUGCAGGGACAGGAUCAAGAAUUUAUGUUGCUGUAAGGGGUAAGAAAACCAGAUGAAUCGCUUGCAAUUGAGGAUAACCGUGUUAAUUUGGGUCACCCCAGAUAUAGGAUGUUUGGCUGAAUCUACAGUAAAAGCUAGAAAUAUGACAACAAUUCAGCCUUGCUUAUAAAGUUUGAAGUGAAGCUGUCUUAUAAAUGUGGAGUACAAAACCUUAAUAACAAGAGUGGGCCUGAGUUAUUAGUUUUGCUGUUCAAUAUGGGCUCAACUCUACCAAACAUUAUUUGAGAAAUAUUUUGUGGAUUUUGGAAGUUCAUUUUCCUAAAAAAAAAAAAAAAAAAGUGGCACGACUAAACAUUUCUGUCCUCAAAAUGAUUCUGCAAGCAGAAACCUAAGCUUCAAGAGGGUAUCUGAGGUAAGAUGUGGAAUGGAACUAUUGUGUUUCCCCAAAAAUAACACCCUGUCACUCCAGGGGAAGGAUAUUGCAAAAUUCCCACUCCCUCCCCACUCCUGGGGGAAGGAUAUUGCAAAAUCCCCAUUCCCUCCCCACUCUGGGGCCAGCCAGAGGUGGCAUUUGCUGGUUCUCUGAACUACUCAAAAUUUCCGCUACCGGUUCUCCACAACCUGUCAAAACCUGGCCUGACCCUUUGCAUCAAGAAGCCCCUUUGGGCUGCAUUGCUGGGCUGAGCUGGAACUGGACUUCUUGGUACAUCAUGAAGGCCCUUCCAUGAUGGCUAUAGAACAGGCUAUUGAACUGGGGUUGCUUCUUGCUUCCUUCCUUCUCUUUCUUAUGAAGCUCUGAGCUGGAGCUGGGCUUCCAGGUGUGAAGGGCUAGGCUGGGCAUGCCUCAUCAGCAAUGGGAGCAAGAAGUCAAAUAUGAUCUGCAGAGCAGAGGGUGGCAGAGGCAAAAGAACAUAUAUGGAAGAAAAAGGGGGGUAGAGUGAGUUGAAACCGGUUACUAAAGCUUGGAGCUGGAAUGGUUUGGAUUGCUGUAGGCACUUUAUUUUUAUUCUUUAUUUAUCAUAGUCUAAAACCACCAUCUCCUUCACAGAGGUCUUUACUUGCAAAAUGGGAUGCUCAGUUAACAAUAGCAAUGGGGAGUGCCAGAAAUGCUGUCACUAAGUGAUGUGAAAUCUCUUUUUCUCCCUGCAUUGCUUAGCAGUGGAAAUUCUGCUUUUAACUGUGCUCGUAAAUCAAGAACCAUUUUAGUGUUUAAGUUCGUACAGGUACAGCAAGCAAGAUAGGGCCACAAAAUUUAAUCCUUUCAAGCACAUGGAUAUACAAGUACUGGUAUUUGGUUGUGUUUAAAUUCUUGACUCAACGUGACUUAUAUUUCCAGCUGUUAUGCUAUGAUGCUAUGUUCAUGAUCUCAGGGCUUGAAAAUAUGAAAUCUGAAGCAGUAGAUGUAUUUGACGUAUUUGUAAAAUCUGGUACUUUCAUACCGUUUUUCUGUAAAAUCCAUGGGCCUAAUCUCCAAAUCGAAUCAUUAUGAUUUUUCUGUUCAACAGAAUUGGUUGGGUCAAAUUUGAGAAGACGAAACUGUUCAAGACAAGUACUGUGCUCGAUUUAUUCUGGAUACAAUUUGUGGUUUGCUUUUGUUUGCUACGAUCUGCUGCUCUUCAAAACAUUAAACUCUGGGCUGCUUCUGCA